AUGGCUCCUGAUAGGGGUCAUGAUAGCUCCGGUUACGACCGCCUUGGCGCUUCCGAGGAUGAUGUCCAGGGAGACGCCCUUCCAUCACGACAAUCCCCCGAUGAGGCCGACGCGCUCCACGAUGGCGACCAAGAACACCAGCCGCCCGCCUCAACACUUAGGGUGGCUAAGCCAGGGCUCGACGUAGAGGGCCGCAGUUUCACCCUCCGUGCUAUCGCCGCCGGCCUCCUGGUCGGGCUCAUCAUCUGCUUCUCCAACAUGUACUUUGGCCUACAGACCGGCUGGGUCAGUAUGAUGACCAUGCCGGCUUCACUAAUGGGCUUCGGUAUCUUCAAGACCCUGUCCCGGCACUUGGCGUUCCCCUUCUCGCCUGUCGAGAAUGUCCUGGUCCAGACAGUCGCCGGUUCUAUGGCCAUCAUGCCCCUUGGCUGUGGCUUUGUUGGGGUGCUGCCGGCCAUGCAGUACCUCCUGAAGCCUGAGGAGCAGGGGCCCGUCAACCUCAGCACUUGGAAGCUGGUUAUCUGGUCCUUGGGGUUGUGUUACUUUGGCGUGGUCUUUGCCGUCCCGCUGAGGCGGCAGGUCAUCAUCAGGGAGAAGCUCAAGUUCCCAAGCGGCUUCAGCACCGCCGUGCUGAUCAGUGUGCUGCAUGGGAAGACGGGACUGGUGAGGGACGACUCAGCUCCAAAGCAAGAUCACCAAGAGCACGUUGUGCCCGAGGGUUUUGGUGGCCGUCUCCAGCAGGACGGUUCUGCAGAUGCUGUGGAUGAAGAAGAAGGUUCGGAUCUUCGCAGGCAGCAAUGGAAGGCCAACGUCAAGCUGUUAUUGACCUGCUUCUUCGUCUCGGGGCUGUAUACCUUCGCAACGUACUUUUUUCCAAUCCUGAGAGAUCUGCCGAUUUUUGGAGCAACAGCAGCCUCGACGUGGCUGUGGACCCUGAAUCCGAGUCUGGCUUAUGUCGGUCAAGGUAUCAUCAUGGGACCGGCAACCACAAUCCACAUGUUACUCGGUGCCAUAAUCGGAUGGGGUUUCCUGUCACCUCUAGCCAAACACCAAGGUUGGGCCCCGGGCAAGAUUAGUGACUGGGAGAAUGGGAGUAAAGGCUGGAUCGUAUGGACCUCGCUUGCAAUCAUGCUUGCCGACGCCGUCGUCAGUCUCGGAUAUCUCGCGGCACGACCAUUGCUCCAGCGCGUGACCAAAGCCGGCGCAAACUUCCACCACCGAUGGCAGAACGGGGAUACCAGCCUCAGUCAGCUGCUUCCACCCCGUCACCAGGGCUACACCACACUCAGCCCUCAGGAAGACGAUAUCCCGCCAUCCAGCCCCUUGCACGACCAGCAGCCGCAGCCAGAGCAGCAGCAGCAGCAGUCCAUCUCGCACCUGCUGGCCGAGGCCGACCAGGACGACGCCCCAGCGUCGCAGCUGGUCUCGACGCGCACCGUGAUCAUCGGGCUGGCGCUGUCCAUCGCCUUCUGCGUGCUAUGUAUCCACAUCGUCUUCGGCGACCUGGUGCCGCUGUACGCGACCGUGUCGGCGGUGCUGAUGGCGCUGGUGCUGAGCAUCAUGGGGGUGCGCGCGCUGGGCGAGACGGACCUGAACCCCGUGUCGGGCAUCUCCAAGCUGGCGCAGCUCUUCUUCGCCCUCAUCGUGCCGCAGUCCCACCCCACCUCGGUGCUCAUCAACCUCGUGGCCGGCGCCGUCUCCGAGGCCGGCGCCCUGCAGGCCGGCGACCUCAUGCAGGACCUCAAGACGGGCCACCUGCUGGGCGCCGCGCCCAAGGCGCAGUUCUGGGGCCAAGUCGUCGGCGCCACCGUCGGCGCCGUGGUGAGUGCCUUCAUUUACAAGCUCUACACGGCAGUCUACACCAUCCCCGGCUCCCUGUUCCAGGUCCCGACCGCCUAUGUGUGGAUCUUCACGGCGAGGUUGGUCACCGGCCAGGGGCUGCCGUACAUGGCCAGGGAAUGGGCCAUCGCGUUUGCAGUGCUGUUCACCCUGACGACGAUGGUGAGAAUCUAUGCUACAAAUAAGAAGUGGCAGCAUCUCGUCCCUGGUGGGAUCGCGGUGGCCGUGGGCAUGUAUAACGUGCCCAGUUUCACACUGGCAAGAACCGUGGGCGGGCUGGUAGCUUGGUGGUGGAGGAGGAAGGGUACGAGGGAAGACACCCCGUUGAUUGUGCUCGCAUCAGGGUUCAUCCUUGGGGAGGGUUUCUUGAGCAUUGUCAAUUUGAUCAUGGAAAGUGCUGGUGUACCACAUCUGUGA